UUAAAGUGUGUAAGUAAUUUUCAUUUGUGCCACUUUAAAUAUAGAAAAAAACAGUUGUAUGUAUGUACGUGUUGAAUAAUAAAUAUACAUAUUUGUGUCAAAACCGUUGACAAUCUGUACGAAGUUACUAUAAGUUAACUGUCAUUUGUCAGUACUUACUACUCAGUGUCGAAAUGUAAGCAAUUUGCUUUCAGAGAUGAUAAGGCAAUCAUUAAAAUUUCGAAAGACUAUAAUAAUAGUUUCUGUUUUAUCACUACUUAUAUUUAUAUUUCUUAUUCUUAAACAAGAUAAAAUAAAAAAUUAUGAACUAGAAAGACACCAAAAAAUAGACAAUGAUUUCCAGGAUGUAGGUUAUAGAGAUUUUAAUCAUAUGCCAAAAAAUUAUGAAGUAAAUAUGGAAAAUCGUGUAAAAAUGGAUGCAGAAAGCAAUGUUAAUAAAGAUAAGGAAGAAUUGAAAGAAGCCAAAACUAGAAUCGAACAGCUGGAGAAGAAAAUAGCAAUUCUGGAGGGAAGAAUACCAGAAAAGUAUCCUGAUGUUAAAUAUCUUGGAUACAAGGAAAGAAAGAGAAUAUUGAUCACAGGGGGAGCUGGUUUUGUUGGAUCACAUCUUGUUGACAUCCUCAUGAUACAAGGUCACGAAGUCAUAGUUGUGGACAACUUCUUCACAGGCAGAAAACGGAAUGUGGAACACUGGUUUGGACACAGACACUUUGAAAUGAUUCAUCACGACAUUGUGAAUCCUUUAUAUGUGGAGGCAGAUGAAAUAUAUCAUUUAGCGAGUCCUGCUAGUCCACCACACUAUAUGCAGAAUCCGGUCAAAACAAUUAAAACAAAUACUUUGGGCACAAUCAAUAUGCUUGGUUUGGCAAGGAGAGUCGGUGCAAAAAUCCUAAUAGCCAGUACAUCAGAGGUUUAUGGUGACCCCAUGGUACAUCCACAACCAGAAUCAUAUUGGGGUCAUGUCAAUCCUAUAGGACCGCGCGCGUGUUACGAUGAGGGCAAAAGAGUGGCCGAAACACUUGCGUACUCAUACGCGAAGCAGGAGAAUGUGUCGGUACGUGUUGCGAGGAUAUUUAACACGUAUGGACCAAGAAUGCAUGUCUCUGACGGAAGGGUGGUGUCAAACUUCGUUAUGCAGGCAUUACAGAACCUUACAAUUACUGUUUACGGCAACGGUAAACAGACGCGUUCAUUUUGUUACGUGUCAGAUCUAGUCGAUGGUCUCAUAGCUUUGAUGGCGUCUAGCUACACGUUACCUGUCAAUUUGGGCAAUCCCGUAGAACACACUAUAGAAGAAUUUGCUGUGAUUAUCAAGAACUUAGUCCCUGGUUGUCGCAGUACAGUGGCGACUGGCGCUGCAGUAGAAGACGAUCCUCAGCGCCGCAGACCAGACAUCACGUUAGCCAACACACAUCUCAAAUGGAAGCCAAAGGUUUCAUUAGAAGAGGGACUCCAAAGAACAAUAGAAUACUUCAGAGAAGAAUUAUCCAGAACAACAUUUUAUAAUAAUCAGACAUAUAUUGAUGUUAAGGUAAAAAACAAACACUAACAUACUGAAAGUCAAAUUUUUUAUAUAUGUGAUAUUAGCAUUGUAGUACAUGAAGUCAAAUGAUAUAGACUUAACAAAGCCACUAAUAUAUAUAUAUGUAUACUUAUAUUAAAGUGACAUAUAAAAUGCAACAUAAGGAUCAAGUCAAUAGUUUCAGAUUGUAAAGUAUGUAAAAUUAAUAUACUAUUUCAUUUUAUGAUUACAAAACAUUUAUAAAAUCAUUCAUCAAAAUCUAAUGUAAUAUGAAGUUGUAUAAAUUAUUUAUGAUUUAUUAAAUUUAUGUUGUAAAUUUAAAAAAGGUUGUAUAUGCAAAGAAUACAAUCUUAGAUAUAUAUUUGUCUUCGGUAAAUGAUAACUCUGUUUCAUAUUUGAAAAUCAGUACAUACAAAAAAAUCACAUAGAUUGUCAGAUUUCUUUAUUUUAUAAAAUAUUAAAAAUUAUCAUUAAAAUCAUAUUAUAAUACUGUGUACUUGUAUAGUAUAAUUUUCAUUGUUUGUCCAUUAAAAAUAUCAUAAAUCGUAAGUAAGCACACUUCAAUUUGGAUUUUAUUGCUUUGGCUUAUGAAAAUACUAGAAUUGUUUUGACUUAGCACUAAUAGAUGUUUAAGAACAUGGUGGUCACUUAAAUAAUUUAAAAUGAUUGUUUUUAUAUUAUAUAAUUAUUUGUUUUGUAUUGCUUUAUAAAUUGCAUAAUCGGGUUAAUUUGUCAAUAAAUGUUUAAAAUGUUA